AGCUCGCAGGAGACUCCUCUUUCUCAGUGGUGUUUAUUCAAAAUAAUCAAUGCCACGGGGCAGUGGUGUACAAACAUAAACAAGAUAGGAAAACACACACACACUAUACACGCUGUUUAAUCCAGAUCCUACGAUGCUGUCUCUGUUGCACUGCCUUGUACUGGGAUACUUCACAUGGAACUCGGACGCCCUUGGAGAGUUCUGCCAUGGCUGGGUGGAUAGCAAUGGAAAUUACCACGAAGGAUUUCACUGCCCGGAGGAUUUCGACACUUCAGAUGCAACUGUUUGCUGCGGCUCUUGCGCUCUCAGAUAUUGCUGUGCAGCCGCGGUCGCUAGACUGGACCAGGGCAGCUGCACAAAUGACAGGGAGCUGGAGAAUGUACAAAUUGCAGCACAGCCAGUUUAUGUGCCAUUCCUCAUCGUUGGAUCCACCUUCAUUGCCUUCAUCGUUGUGGGCUCUCUGGUGGCUGUUUACUGCUGCACCUGCUUGAGACCAAAGCAAAGCAACCUCCAGCCAAUCGGAUUCUCCCUUCGGAGCUGCCAGACGGAAUCUAUUCCUAUGAUUUUAACCACAUCCAGCCUAAGCACUGCCUCCAGGCAGUCAAGCACGGCAACCAGCUCCACAGGAGGGUCCAUUCGCAGGUUCUCCAUUGGCAGAGCUGAGCCUGGACACAGCUGUCUCGUCUCGGCUCCUCCACCCCCGUACACCUCACCGGGGAGUCUGCAGACUGCUCAUCCUCUCCACCUCCCUCAGCCCUGUGGGUUCCUGCUCCCGCAACAGUACUUCCCUUACCCCCUGCAACCAGAACCAUUCUCACCCAGAAAAAGCUCAGCAGAUUUCAGCCAAAGCUGACUGGGUUCCGAACAAUCAGGGAAAAGGGAACGCCAAUCUUAGUCUUUUGAAUAUACUGCAGGGUAAUAACCAACACUGUGUUCAGCACUGGAUGACCAUCACAGACUUACAUCAUUUGUAAAAACACACCUGAUGCAAGUACAUGCUUUUUCUUUGGUUGUUGGCUAAAGACAAGAAUAUCUGCUUGCAGGGCUUCUGAGUGGCGCAUCCGAUAAAGGUACGUCGUGUGGAAUGCAGGAUGGCGUCCUAU